UAAACGUGUAUAAUACCAUGAAUUGAUUUCGGUCGGGCUAAUCGGGUUACCCAAUUAUAUGCAAAACCCCAAAGCCCCCACUCUUGUGAGUAACCAAAAUUCUCAUGAUAAUGGCAGAACAAUAAACCUUAAACCUCCAAAGCAAUGUCUAUUACCCUCUCAGCUCUCUCAUCUUCAACCCCAUUUCUCAACAAAAUCUCUUCAAUUACCAGAAUUAAAGGACAACUCGAUGCAUUAAAGCUUCCGCUAUGCUUGACGUCCGGUGAAGGCACAAGAAUUAAGCCUUUCAAACUUGAAUUGACACACAAGUAUUCUGGGUUAUUUGAUGGUAAUUAUGGGUUCUUAUUGAGUAGGAAAAAUGAGUUUGUUGUGAAAGCUGAGAAUGGUGGAGUAGAUAAAGGUGAAAAUGAGGCACGUGGAGAGAGUACAAUGCCUGAGAGAUUUAGGUAUUUGACUAAAGAAGCUGAUGAUAAACCUGUUAGAUGGCCUUGGCUCAUAGCAUUGGCCUUUCUUCUAUAUGCCUGGAGGACUGUCUUGUGGGAACUGGGUAAUUGGAAAAAGGCUGUGGGUGCUGUCUUCCGAUUUAUCUGUUACAUCCCGAAACUUGUAUUGGCCGUUGUAUACUACUUCAUAGGGGAUCAGGUCACAGCUGUAAUUAGAUUUAUUGAAACAACACUAUACUCCAUUCGAGCUUUCUACUCCAGUGUAAUUGCAUAUGCACCGAUUCAGGAGCUGACAACAAUCAUCGUUUUGGCAUCUUGUGUACUUGCUGUUGGUGAAGCGGCAGUUCCAGAUUCUGUGAACAGCCAACCGUACCUGCUUACAGCAGCUGGAAUAAUGGGAUAUGCUGCUGUGAGAGGUUACAUCUCCGAGCUAUUCUUUUGGUUUAUACUCUUGGGCUUGUUUGCCUUUGCUCGAUUUAUCAAAAAAAGAGAUUAUGUGUCAUCCGCAAUACCUUCUGCUGCUGCAUUAGCUGCUGUGGGAGAGCCUUGGGUUAGACUAGUAGUAAUGGUUUCUUACACUGCUUUGGCUAUUCUGCAACACUCUAAGAUGCCUUUGAACAGAAGUGUAGGUGAAACUACCGGUGCAAUUAGGAAGGUCCCGGUUCCUCUGAUAUGUGCUGCAAUGGCCAUUGGUGUCCGUCUUGCUGCAAAAUGGGCUGGUUACCGGCAUUUGACUUGGAUGAUCGUUUGAUAUGCCACGAGCCUGAGUCUGUCCCUUGUUCUUGCUGACGACUUGUUUUCUCAUUUGGCAAAAUUGCUUCUUGUUUCUCUUUUUUUUGCUUGUCCAGUUCUUUUUGUACAACUUAGAGCUUAUUUUCUUUCAAAUUAUGUUCUGAAAGCACUAAAGUUGUAGUCUUUGUUGCCCCUACACUAUAUGAAAUUACUCAAUUUUGUCUUA